AUGAAGGCAGAAACUCCUACAACAGCCAUCGCGGUGUUGUUCCUGCUUUUCCAGUGCACCCAUGCGUUCUUGGAGGGAGAUCCCUCUUCCCUCCAGAAUCGUCCACCACAACGCCGUGGAUAUCAUCCCAACACAAUCCGACCUGCUACGGUCCUGUCGCACAAUGAUCCCCUCAAGCCCAGAAAUGGAGCAUCCGUGCAAAACAAUGUUGGAAAAGUUAGUCCCGAUUCCAUCGACAGUUUCGCCAACGACAUGACAACAGUACUCAAGAAACUUCGGCAUAGCAAUGAUGAUCCAGAAGUCCCAGCCCUUUUGCGACAACAACAACUUUCCGUCACAAAUCCUUGGACGUUGGACGAUUGGAUCCAACAUUCCACGCGGUGGCGAUUCCUUCACUACGCACAAUCUCUUCCCACUUCUCGACUCUUGCGACGAGUCGCACCCCAGUUUGCCGUUUUCAUCGUCUGGACUAUCUUUGCCGUAUUUAUCUCCCCAAGGGGAGUCAUUCAUCAGGCAGUGGUGCCACUCACGCCGCUGUCAUUGGUGUCCACCUUUGUGGGGGCUCUCUUGACAAUGCGAAGCAAUACCGGGCUGAGUCGAUUGUCGGAAGGACGGGAAGCUUGGGGGCGGGUCGUCUUUCGAACUCGUGAUCUUAGUCAGCUCAUUGCCACCAAGAUAUAUCCCAAGGAUCCACAGUUGGCAAUAUUGAUGGCACGACAUGUCUCCGUCUUUGGCUGGGUACUCAAGGCCCAUCUUCGAGGGACAGAGAAAGAUGUGGCAGAUAUUGUUCGCACCAUGCUGCCUCCUGUAGAUGCAGAGUACAUUCUCCGGCAACGAAAACUGCCCACUGGUAUUCUGCUCAAACUUCGUCAGGCAUGCCAACACUUGGCGUCCCAGGGAAAAUUGACCAUGGCAGAAGAAAUGGCCUUGGAUCGGAGCGUGGAAGAACUGGACCAUGCCCUCAUGACGACACAACGUAUCACUGCCUCCCCCAUUCCUCCACUCUACACCAGUCACACCUCUCGACUAUUGAUGUUUUAUUUGGGAUUCUUGCCACUGGCACUUCACGGGAGUUCCCUCACUGGUUUCGUGACGUUCAUCGUUUCGGCAGUGGUGGGAUAUACCAUGUUGGGACUGGACGAGAUAUCUCACCUCCUGGAGCUGCCAUUUCGUCUCAUGCCCUUGCUACAGUUGUCCAAGUUUUCCAUGCAAGAUGUUGGAGACUCGUUGGUGUGUCCUCCAGCUCCCCUGGGCGAGAGCCUGUCUCAGCUAGCAGACACGCCCACAAAAAUUGAAAAAGGAAGCCAGGAUCAUCCACCUCCCGGCUAUUGGUGA